AAAGGAGACCAUCCUUAUUGAUAGAAAUACAGCAGAGUAGUGAUAAGUACUAUGAGAGAUAAAUCAUAUGGCAAGGCUGGUUAAGAUAAAACUACUCCCUCCGUCUCAUAAUAUAAGAGCGUUUUCUACACUGGUGUAGUGUCAAAAACACUCUUAUAUUACGGGCCGGAGGGAGUAAUUAUCAUCAAAUAAUCUAUCUUCUUUCACAAAAAAUAAACAGGUACAAUGAAUUCAAAUACAAGCACCUCGAUUCACUGUGCUGAACUUUACUUGCAAUGAUGGUUUGUUGAUCUGUAACAAGAUUCCCAAACUCUCUCAUGGAUGCAGCAAGACUUGUCAUGUGUUCUUUCAACUCCUUUUCUUUAUUAAUGGUUGAUGUGAAUAUUUUAUCCUUUUCUCGAUGAUGUUAUUGUUAUGUAAAUAUUGAUUUUGUUUCUCCACCUCCUUUAGAGAGUCUGUAGCAUUUCUAAAUCUGUCAUGUAACUCAUUUGAAUUGAUCUCAUUUUGACGUACAUGCUGCAGAGCUUUGCUCCAGCCUGCCGACAAUCAUAUCAAACUCCUUGUUCUUUUCAGAUAUACACAAGUCUUGCUUUUCCACUUUAUCUGCAAGUAAAUCAAGUUGAUGGACAAAUCCAUAUGAUACAACAAAGCAUCCCUAUCUAAGUGCUGCCUUUUCCCCUCGAUUCAUCUCUUUAUCAAAAUGGGUUAUCAAAGCAUCCCUGUCUAAGUGCUUCAAAUAUGACGCGCCAGCAAACGUCGCAUCAUUCUAUUUGCCGGUAAAAGAGAAUCUCCAUUUUACAUUUUCUGGCAGCACCAGUUAUGAUUCACCAGCAGUAAAGUUCUGUUAACCUGUUGCAAAGGCCGGUUGUGCACUGCUAUUGUCCGGUGGGAGUUUGGAUGAUUAUGUUCAAGUGAAGCACAUCCUAGUUGAAAUGGGUGUUUACUUUCAAAUUCAGCCAGAUUUCCCUUUCAUGACUGAUUAUCUCGACUGCUUUGGCUUUCCAGAAGUCAUGGGCAAGACUUCAAGUGCUCUUGGCUGUUUGAUUUUUGAAAUCAUCCUGUCCCACUUCAAGUGCUCUUGGCUGUUUGUUCAAGUGCUGGUGCAGUGCGUGUCAAUGAGAGGCAAAAGGACAUCCUAUUUGAAAAUUAUGGGAAAUCAGAUCGUGCUUGUGUCGCAAAAGUAAAGGCUCAAUCUCGAGGUUUCCCUUUUUGUUCAACAUAGUGUGACAUGUCUUGUUUAUUGCAUAAUUUUCUACUAUUAUUAAGUCAUUUACAUGCCUGACAUGCCUGUUUAUCAUCGCUUCCACAAGGUGUUCUCUGAGUAUGAAAGAGAGACUUACGAAAAGCUGAUCUCAGACAUCAAAGCAUAGCCGAAUGAAGCUGUGCAAGCUGUGUUGAAAUCCUUUUUACAUAAAAUCUACAGGAGGAGGUAGAAAGUGCCCUUCCGCUCCCGAGCUCAAAUGAGCUCAGAGUCAAAUGAGCUCAGAGAACAGUAAAAAAAUUCAAGUGCUUGCAAAAAUUUGUUAUGGAAUCACAUUCCUAUAAGGCGUGGCAAAAUAAAAAAAAAUCAAUGCUCCAAAGUGAUUUUGAAAGUAGCAUUUUCAGAGCACCGAC